GCGAACUCUGUCUCACCGCGGCGGCGCAUAUAAGAAUACAAUGAAGACUCCUGAAGCACCGAAUCUUCUUACUUUCCACCUGCAUUCUCUCCCUUCGUAGCUGUGAUCGUACCGCUUCAUCACCUACACUUCACUUCUUUUCACCUUCAUCCAAUGUCAUUGCUCGCUCUCCCCAAUCUCGUCAACACCGAAAUCGACGACGGCCGGUUCGAGCUCAUUAAGCUGCUCGGCGCCGGCACGCACGGCAUGGUGUACAAGGCCAUCGACCACUCCGCCAGCCCCGACCGCUGCACGUCCCCGCCUCGCCUCGUCGCCGUGAAGUGCAUGCGCAGGAGCCCCGCGGGCUCGCGCUCCGAGGCGAGCGUAGUGAACGAACUUCGCACGCACCACGCGGUGCGCAGCGGGCGCCACAUCACGGGGUUCUUCCGCUCCUUCCGCACCGCGCAGCACGUCUUCGCCGUCGUCGAGCUGUCCGCGUGCGAUCUAUUCGAGGCGAUGAUUGAGCGGAAGGUGUUUAGGGGGCAGCUGGGCCGGGCUAAGCGAGCGAUGUCUGAGAUCCUAGACGGGGUCGAGUACCUCCACGACCGCGGCGUGUUCCACCGCGACCUCAAGCCGGAGAACAUCCUGUGCGACCUGGACGGCAGCAACAUCCGGGUCUGCGAUUUUGGGCUGGCCACCACCGAUGUUGUGUCCAACGAAUUCGGGUUCGGCACGCACUUCUACAUGAGUCCCGAGAUUCUGGACCCCGACUUGGCCUGCGGCACGUACUCGCCGCGAUCGAACGAUCUCUGGGCGUGCAGCAUCCUCCUCCUGGUGCUGGUCACGGGCAAACUGCCCUGGGGCGCGGCGCACAGCGACGACCGGCACUUCGCGCGCUUCAGCGGCGACCCCGACGGCUAUCUGCGCACGAAACUGCGUCUCGUGGACCCGGCCACCGCGUUGUUCCGCGCGUGUUUCGAGCGGGACCCAGAGCUGCGCCCGACACUACACGAGUUUCGUCUGCACGUGCAGCAGAUUGAUGUGUUCGUAGUCGACGCUGUCGCGGCUUUCUCUGCUCCAGCUGCUGUCCCGGUCGUCCCGCCCAAGGCGCCGUCGGACUCGGACAGCUCGUCGUGCUCCGAUGACUCGUCCUCGCUCCUCGCGUCCGCCUCAUCUGCCACGACGCAGAGCUCGGUGGACUCGACGGCACCCACCACCCCACCGAAGCUGCAGAUGGUUAGUGUUGCUGCACAUGCGCGGCCGACGUUGCCGACUGUGAAAGGGUACCUGAUUUGGCUGGCGGAUAAACGGCGCGACGCGCAGUCUUGUGCGUCAGCCGUGCCCCAGUACUUGUGAGGUUCGGGAGGGAGUGAGGAGGCGGGGAGCGCGGGCGGAGGGUGAUGAGGCGGGAGUGGGGGUGGUUGGUCGGCAGGAGGAUUGGGUUGCGUGUGUCCGCGCCUUUUGAAAUGGAUCUACGUGGGGUAAGUGAGCCGGUCUGCAGGAUUUAGAUCUUAUUUCGCCUGUCGAUGAUCGUACUCGUCGAGGCCCUCGCUCGUGGUGUACCAGAUUGGUGAAAAAAAGCUAAUAUUGGUCGAAUCGACCGGGGCAACGAGUGGUCGAUGAAGAAUCGUGGAGGUAGGAUCUACACAGCAUCUCUACGAUGAUCGUCUCUCGGGUUCGUUUAUAAGCAGUUUUUCACUCCCUGACGUGCGGACUGGCAACCCGGCGUCAGGAUUUCGGGUUCUGGGGGCGUUCUACGACGUCGGUCUGACAAGCCGUCGUCUAGACUCACGAGCUUGUGGCCUGGCAAGCCCAAGCCUCGCACGGCGCCGCGGUCUGGCAAACCGGCGUCCCAAAUCCACAUGAGUGGUGCUCCUCUGGGUCGGGAGUCGCGCGAGCAUGAGCUGGAGGGCCGGAUUAGGUGCAUUGGCGCGCGGUGACAACCGUGCGCUGUGCAUCUGGUCUCAGUAAAGGACACCGCGGACUUGACAACUCCCAUGUCUGAGGCUACUGUUCCACUCAGGCUCGGGCCGGGUUCCGGGGGAAUUGAACGAUGGUUUUUGGCUGAAAUUCUUGACCAUAAAUCUUACCAGAUCAGCAGCAGCUCCCGAGCGAGGGUGCGGCCAUGGGUAACGCGCAAUGCUUUUGGAAUCCCUGCGAGUCUUAUAUGACGCCCGUUGAUUUGUCUGCAGGCCGUUCUACCUUACGAAGUGGUGGGACCCGAUUCUAUCAAGACGAUUUUACUGGAUCUGAACGCUUUGCGAUUACGAUAUUUCUCAAUUGCGGGACACUUUUCGUUGCAUCAGCUGCUGGGCGAACACCGGGACCGCGACUGGCAGUCAUAGGCAUGUGAAAGAGGGUGAAGGCACGUGUAUUUAUAUUUAGAGACCGUGCGCGUAAUGUAAACUACGUCGGAGAUAUAUAUGGUAUGCGAGAGCUGUC